UACGAACAGUCAAGGAACAUGGGAAAGAAAAGUUUAUUCAGGUCAGAAUACAUUGCCACGAGGGACAGCAGGCAAGUUUCCAAGAGAGGAAUCGCAUGUUCAGAGUGAGAUAUUGUGGUUUUUGUAAGAAAAUGUAGAUGUGGGAAAGGGUCUGAGUUGGCAAAUGGAGAUAUCUUAGACGUAUUUUCCAGGGCAUGCUGUUUCUUGUUACUCUUCCAGGAACACUUGUGUCAUAACGGACGUUGUACAUGAAAGUUGCAAAUUGCCAAGGUCAUUUACUCCCGUUUCACAGAAGCCGCUUUAGUUUUAGAUAAGGCUGCCGAAACACAUUAAUUCUUUGAGAAAAAAAUGGACAAACAGGUCUUUAUUUUUAUCAUGUUUAGCUACUCAGGAUCAGCACAAUGCCUCCAAACUGCCCAGCAUGUGCUGAGCAGGAUUGUGUUGGCAGAGAAAUUUGUGUUGCUGACAAUUUUAACUCUGGUGUCAACACAUUUAAUAGGUUUUGACUUCAGGUCCUCCUAUCGCCAAGGCGCCAUGAGUGCUACUUCACACUCUGCGUAUGCACCCCUGUGCUGGUUCCUCAUUGGCCAACUCAGGGAAGCCGGACCAUUAGGCUCGCGAUUCCUCCUCACCCUAAAUACGUGCCCACUGGGGCUGGCCACCUCCCUACGCAGUGGUGGAUAGCGUCAGGGAGCAGGUUGGAGGUUAGUUUUCCCGACGUUUGUCGCAGUCAUUAUUGGUGUCAUGGCUAGAAGCGUCCACUAGGUUAGUGGAGAGAGGGCGGUACAACUGCUGAACAACGUGAAAAAGCCGAGUGCAGCACACAGCAUCCACGACGGCCAUCCCCUAACCACUUGAAUCGACUCUCCUCCACGGACUCAGCUCCACCGCCCGCAGCGAGGGCCGCAUCCGGGGCCUGCGCUCCACGACCGGAAAUGCCACUGAGAAGCGCCCGCCCUCGUGCAGCCUAGAGCGGCCCCGGAAGAGCUGGCGCGGCUCUGCGGGGCGGUGUGUAGGUGACCGGACGGUAGCUAGGCCCGCCUCUCCGCUCUGUGAUGGUCAUUGUUCUCCAGAACAGGGAUGGAGGAACUGUCAGCCCAAGAAGCCUCAGGAUCACCAGGGGUCCAGUUUCAGUCUUUGGAGACCCAGUCUGAGUGUCUUUCCCCAGAGCCUCAGUUCAUGCAGGACACCGACAUGGAGCAGGGACUCACUGGGGCUCCGCCUGUUCCCCAGGUGCCUGCUCUUCCCCACGAGGGAAGCCCAGGAGACCAGGCAGCUGCACUCCUGACAGCCAGGUACCAGGAGUUUGUGACAUUCGAGGAUGUGGCUGUGUACCUUACUCGAGAGGAAUGGGGACGCCUGGACCCUGUUCAGAGGGACCUCUACAGAGAAGUGAUGUUAGAGAAUUAUGGGAACGUGGUAUCACUGGGAUUUCCAAUUUCCAAGCCUGAUGGGAUCUCCCAGCUGGAACAAGAUCUACAGGUCUUUGAUCUGGAAACUAAGAAUAGAGAAGUCUUAAGAGGUGACUGCUCAGAUGGAGAAACCAGAGAAGAGAACAAGCUGUUGAUUCCUAAGCAGAAAAUUUCGGAAGAAGUACAUUCAUACAGAGUGAGAGUAGGAAGACUGAAACAGGAUAUGGCCCAAGGUCCUGAGACUAGAGAAGUAUAUAAGUCUGAGGACAGAUUAGAAAGGCUUCAGGAAAUCCUAAGGAAAUUUCUCUUCCUGGAAAGAGAGUUUAGACAAAUAACAAUCAGCAAGAAAACCUUCACCAGUGAGAACAGUGAAUGUAAUGAACCCGAAAAAGGCUUCAGUCUGGAUUCUGCCCUUGACACAGAUCACAGAGUUCUUAAAAUACAGAAUAUUGAUGACAAUAAAUAUGAUACGAACUUCCAGAACUCAGCUGCUGAUAAACAUGAACACAUAAAUCUACAACAGAAUUUUCAAAAUAGCGAAUACAAAGAAAGCCUAAUGGAUCUCUCCCACCUUAAUAAAUGGGAGAACAUUUCUACCACUGAGAAAUCCUAUAAAUGUGAUACUUGUGGAAAAAUCUUUCAUCAGAGCUCAGCCCUUACUAGACAUCAGAGAAUCCAUACCAGAGAAAAACCCUACAAAUGUAAAGAAUGUGAAAAAUCUUUCAGUCAGAGCUCAAGUCUUAGUCGACAUAAAAGAAUACACACUAGAGAAAAACCUUAUAAAUGUGAAGCAUCUGAUAAAUCCUGUGAAAAGUCGGAUAAAUCAUGUAGUCAGAGUUCAGAUGUAAUUCAGCAUAAGAAGACUCACACCAAAGCCAAAUCUUACAAGUGUAACAGUUGUGAAAGGGUCUUCAGUCGUAGUGUACACCUUACUCAACACCAGAGAAUUCACAGAGAGAUGCCGUGUAAGUGUACUAUAUGUGGCAGUGACUUCUGUCAUACUUCGUAUCUAGUUGAACACCAGAGGGUCCACCAUCAAGAGAAAUCCUAUGAAUAUGAUGAAUGUGGUUUGGCCUAUGCUAAACAUCAAGGAAUUUGUUUCAGAGAAAAACCCUAUACAUGUAAUGAAUGUGGAAAAGACUUCAGAUUGAAUUCGCAUCUCAUUCAGCAUCAACGAAUUCACACAGAAGAGAAACCACAUGAAUGUAAUGAGUGUGGAAAAGCUUUCAGUCAGACCUCAUGCCUUAUUCAGCAUCACAAAAUGCCUAGGAAAGAGAAAUCGUAUGAAUGUAAUGACUACGAGGAAAGUUUCAGUCAUAGCUCAGAUCUUAUCCUGCAACAAGAAGUUCUCACCAGAGAAAAAGUCUUUGACUGUGAUGCAUGGGAAAAGAACUUCAGUCAGAGAGCACAUCUUGUUCAGCAUCAAACAAUUCAUACCAAAGAGAAACCUUAUGAAUGCAGUGAACAUGAGAAGGCAUUUAGUCAAGUGCAGUCCUCAUUCAACAUCUGAGGGUCACACCAGGGUGAAGUCAUGUACGUACUGAAAGUGGUAAAGUUUCAGUCAGCUCAGACUAUAUAAAAAGUCAGAAUUCAUGAGACAGAUCCUCUGAAUGUGGUAAAUGUUGGAAAGCUUUUAGUGUUAAACUCUUAAUUGGCUCCUGCAAUCCAUGCUGGUAAGAAAAGCUUUGAAUAUAUUGAAUGUGGUAAAUUCACACUGUGUUCAUUCCUUACUUAUAAUUGGGGAAUUUGUACUGGAAUAAAAUUCCAAUAUGUAAAAAAGCAAUCAGUCAAAGGAACUACCUUGCUUCAGUACCAGAUUCAUGUCAUGCAGAAAGCCUAUGAGUUUAAUAAAUGCAUGUGGGAGAGGAAAUUCAGUUAUAACUCAGUGCUCAUUCAAUAUCAAAGAAUUACCCAAAGGAAAUCAUUUGAGUCUAGUAAACGUGGCAGAUCUUUUCAGUAAGAAUUCAUCAAGUUCUUCAUUGUAAUCAACAUAUACCAGAUGAGAAUGCAGAUGAAGAAAUUUGACUCUAUUUAAGGCUUUACCCAACAUUAAAGUAGUGGAGAGAAACUUGUUAUUACUUACGUAUGAAAUUGUUAAUAUUUAGUCCCAGUCAUUUUCAUUGCAGAAGAAUCUAGUCUCAAAAAUAACUUGGAAUGCAGUCCUGUGUCCUCAUCUCAUUAUUUAGUAUGUGUCCUAAGUAUGUGCAUUUUAUUUGUGGAACUCAUUUAAGCUAUUUUCAUUUUAAUAUGGCCUAUACACAUUUGUAUUCAUCCUGGAAUUGGUUCUUAUUCACAGCUUCCCAAGAUAUUCUUAAUGCACCUUAAAGCAUAUACCAACUUCUAGAAAGUAGCUUAUUUAGCUUUUUCUGCUAUUCUUGACCCAGAUUGUCUCCAAAACACAUCCUUAGGCCAGCUUUUUUCUGAUAUUUUUUUAUAGCCCCACCCACUAGAUUCCUGCAUUCCUUUAUGAACCUUAAGAUGGUGGUUUCUUAGUUUUAGGCUUGUUGCUAGCAGGUAUGCCAUUCCUACUUGAUACUGCUGGUCUGGUAUCUUCUUCCUACCAAGGAUUUUCAUCUCCAGCCCAUCCGUAAGUAUGGAAGAUUCGGUCUUCCUGAGUUUGUGGCACACAGUUAAAUAUUUUCAAGUGAUGUCCAAGUUUUUAGCUGCUUUGUCUGCAUCAAUAAGACUCCUGGUGGCCUAAUUACAUUCAUUCUGUGCCUGUUCUGCAUGGCUAAAUUUAGAGUCCUCAUAUGCCUCUGUUGGAGGCCAGAAAAAUGCUCAGGUCUGCUUUUGAUAGGACAAACAUUUAAGAACACACACAAAAAGCUUCGUAUACAUACAAAGAAACCCUCCAUACCAAAAACAAAAACACUACAACACAAAAACCAGAAAAUUUCCAAAGUGAAUAUAAAAUGUGCUAUUUUUAUAUAUCUAGAGACAAUAUUUUAAGAGCAUGUCGGUUUCUGCUCAAAUGUAACCAUUUGGACUGCUUCCUUAUUUGUUCGGACCCCUCCCCAACUUCUCUCAUCAAUUCAGGACAGUAUAUAAAGUGUGGGGCCUUUGUGUGUAAUUAUUUGUGCAUCAUGUUUUUGUUUGCUUUUGAGAUAGGUCUCACUUUGUUGUCCACGCUGGCCUUGAACUUCUGGGCUCAAGUGAUCCUGCUUCAGCCUCGAGUAGCUUGGAUUACAUGUGUGCAUCGUCUGUAUUUUUGUAUUUUAAUGGGACUUACAGGUCAUAUGAAAGAACGUGGCUUUUUUGAUUAAUGAAAGUGAUCACAGAUGCUGGCUCGAGUUCAGGAUCAUUGUCAUAUACCUAGAAGACAGUUUAUGAUUAUUCAGAUGUCAAAGCAUUUUAAUAGUUUUUCCAUAUUAAGCUUCAAAACAUUUUGUGAAUAAGCCAAGUAUUACUUAAAAUUCUAGUUGUCAGUCCAGCAAUUGAGGCUUUUAUGGUCCAGAUGUUAUAAUAUUCAUUAGGGAUCUGCAAAAAAUAUGUAAAAAUACAUUACUCUAUAAACCUCUUGUAGCUAACCUCUAGGAUAGUUCUGCCACUAUAUUUUAUAUCUUUCCAUCAGCAAGCAUAGGCUCUCAUCAGGGCAAGGUAGGGACCUAAGUGAAAUCGAUAUAUAAUUAAAUGAUCUAAAUGUAAAAAGCAAAUGAAAAAUGCAUGGUUUUUUUCCUAUCAAACAUGUAUACCUUUACAGAGAUCAGUAAUUACUUAUGGUGACCAUGAAACAGAGGACUAAGUAAUCCCUAAAUAACAAAAUAUGUACAGAUCACAUGUAUGCGUUUGAUUUAGGAAUGUGCUUUUGUACCUCUACUUGAAUAAAGAUGUGCUUGAUAUUCUGAGAA